CGUCAGUAUUGCUGUUGCCUCUCCACGCAUGCCGCAGUUCUGCCCUCUCCAGCCAUGCGCUUUCUCGUGUUGGCGUUGUCGGUAGGCUUGAGCAGAGCCGCCCUAGUUCCAAGAGACGGGGCUGCCGCAGGUACGCAGCCUGAUGCAGCAGGGUUGCGCGAGCGGCCGCGGAGUACGGGGAGGAAGCUCACAGGGAGGUUUCUGCACGUUACCGACUUCCACCCAGACCCGUACUACAAAACCUACUCCUCCACCGAGAAAGAAGCCGCAUGCCACCGUAGCAAAGGCCCGGCGGGCGUCUACGGCGCUGAGACCUCCGCUUGCGACAGCCCAACAUCCCUCGUGAACGAGACAUUCCGGUGGAUAGAAGAGAACCUCAAGGGCUCGAUCGACUUCGUGAUAUGGACGGGCGACUCUGCGCGCCACGACAACGACGAGCAGAUCCCUCGAAAUACAGACCAGGUCGUUUCGCAAAAUGAAAUGCUGGUGGACAAAUUCAAGGAGGUGUUUGGGAAGGACGACAACAUCAACGAUACGGAUCCAACGAAUGACUUCACUAUACCUAUCGUUCCGACCUUUGGAAAUAAUGACAUCCUACCACACAAUAUCUUCGACGAGGGGCCAAAUCGGUGGACGGGGAAGUACUUAGACAUAUGGCGGAAUUUUAUUCCGGAGGAGCAGAGACAUCAGUUCCAACGGGGUGGUUGGUUUUAUGUUGAGGUUAUACCGGGAAAAUUGGCGGUGAUUAGUUUGAAUACACUAUAUUUCUUCGAUUCAAACUCCGUGGUUGACGGUUGCGCCUCGAAAAAGGAGCCCGGCUACGAGCACAUGGAAUGGCUGCGCAUCCAGCUGCGACUUCUCCGCGAACGAGGCAUGAAGGCCAUCCUCAUAGGCCAUGUACCACCAGCACGAACCGACAAUAAGCUUAGUUGGGACGAGACGUGUUGGCAGAAAUACACAUUGAACAUGCGGCAAUACCGGGACGUGGUUGUGGGAGCUUUAUACGGGCAUAUGAACAUCGACCACUUCAUGUUGCAAGAUUUCAAAGAUAUCACAAAAGACGCGAAGAAGGGCAGAAUGAAGUUAGCUGACGUGGAUACUUUGAAAGCCAGUGUGGCAGUUGACGGCGAGGUUGGGGUCCAAAGCGCGUCAGAUUAUCUGAUUGACCUGAGGGAUACAUGGGCGAAGCUGCCUAGUCCUCCAAAAGCGCGCUUACUGGAGGAGUUUACAGACGAGGAAGAACAUGAAGGGAUUUGGGAUCGGGUCUCAGACCUCUUCCGGAGCCAAAAGAAGAAGAAAAAGAAGGGCGGGAAGGGCCACAAGCCCACAUUUCUAGACAAGAUCGGAGGGCCCUGGGGAGAGCGCUUCAGCGUCUCACACGUGUCGGCCAGCGUGGUGCCCAACUACUUCCCUACGCUCCGCGUAUUCGAGUACAACAUCACCGGACUAGAAAGCCUUGUCAUCGAGGACAGCGCACCGAUAUCGAUUUCGCCCAAUCAAGAGCAGACCCCGAUCCACGACGACGAUUUCUUCUUCAUAGAUGACGACGCCGGGUGGACUGACUCUUUAAAGCAGAAGAAAAAGCAAAAGGCCUCCAAGAAGCCCAAAAAGCACAAAUUCAAAGUCCCCUCCCCGCCCUCAAAAUCCGCCCCUCCAGGCCCAGCCUACUCCCCCCAAACCUUCACCUUUACUGGGUACAAGCAGUACUUCGCCAACCUCACCCACAUCAACAACGACUUUGUUGGGAAAGAUGUCAGCCCUGCAAACCGCGACUUUUCGGACGCAAUGUUUGAUGACGAGGGCGUCGAAGUGCAGGGUAAGUGGAGAGAAGGCAAGCACGGCGGCAAAAAGAGCAAGAAGAAUAAACCGAAACCCAAGAAAUUUAAGUUCGAGGUCGAGUAUGACACUAAAAACGACAAGGUGUUUAAGCUGAAGGACUUGACGGUGCGGAGUUAUGUCGAUCUUGCGCGGCGGAUUGGAGAGGCGAAGGGGAAGAGUUCUGGUGCUGGGUUUGAGGCUGAGGCGGGAGAAGAGGUAGAUGCGGAGGAAAAAGGGAAGAAGGGGAAGAAGCAUAAAAAGAAACACGGGAAGCACAAGAAAAGAAGCGUGUGGUUCGCGUUUGUGAAUCGCGCGUUUGUGGGGACGAUGGAUCCGGACUCGAUUGAGGAGAUGUUUGAGGCUAGUGAGGUUGAGGGCGUGGCUGAGAUCGAGGGAGAGGAGAUGGUGCAGGAGUUGUGAGCGGCUAGUAUUUUGAGAUUCUUUGGUAAGCGUCGCAUGAGGCAUGAUUGGCGUUUCUAUGGGCAGGACGGACAAAUCCUGAGUUGCAUUUAAGGCCAUCAUUACCGGUAUGAUUGAGGGUCGAGACUGAUGGUUUGUAAUACGAUAUGUACACUCUCACUGGUGCGGUUCGUUUCGAGGUGAUGUAUUCGUUCAGUUUGUGAUUGAUACAAAAGAUAUCUUCAUGUUUCAUUCUCAUGUCCUCCCCCUUUCACUUUUUUCGAUUGAUAUAGUACAAUCCUCGCUGUGAUCC